AUGCCGCCUGCACGCACGUCGCCUACUCCUAAAGACUCGCGUGCGGCGAGGGCUGCUAGGCGGGAUCGAGUCGUCUUGGCCGAGAUUGAGCUAUGGAGGUCCGUUGCUGGACAGAUGGCUACGCCUUCACGACGGAGUAGCGGCGGGAGCACAACCGAGGGGUCUGUGGUAGACGAGAACGGGAGUGUGGCGGGCACAGAGGAAGAUGCAGAGGAUGAGACGCGUUCCACAGCAGACGAUGGGUCUAGUGCGAAGAGAGGGAUUGCGUCCGUUGCCGAGUCGUACUCUGUCCUUUGGGGCUUUGAUCUCUCGUCUCCCAGCACUGUCACACCCGAGAUACAAAGUCUCGAGUUGCAAGUCAACCAUAUGGCACUUGUCGAGUCUCCCACUCCCAAUCCCCAGCCACCUUCAACUCCCCGUCGACGCAGCCGCCUCCGACUAUAA